CAACUUUCAAGAUGGAUGAAGCACCUCCCAUGAUGUCUACUCCUAAAUCAUCCAAAUAUUCCUCGUUUCUUUGGGAUAUUACACAGCUACUAUCUAAGCUCUUUAACGAUUUCUCACCUAGUAAUACCUAUGAUUUGGAUGGUAUGGAGUCUAACCCCGGCACUUCCUUCAAUAAAACCAUAUGCAGCCUUUUCUCCUCCUGCCGGCACAGUUUGCGCUUACUAUCGAAUGGCUACUACGUUGUGGAUGAAGAUUCGGUUUUGUAUAAUGAUGAUGGAAGUGUAGUCAUCAGUCCAACAAAACCUAAUGUAUCCUACAAAGAGAAUUCCGUCAGGAUCUUUCGAAAGAGGCGUAAACAGUUAACGCUAAGACAACUCGAAAUUGACAAUAUGGAGUGCAAGGAAUCAGAUCUAGAGGAUGACGACUGGGAUUGUCAGAGAGGAGAUUACAACUUCAGUCGAGAAAUUAUGCCGGUAAAGUCGUAUCCUUUCGGGGUUUUAAUCGAUCCCACUGAAGAUUCGGUCACCGCUCAUGAAAAACAAGACUCCCUGUCACAUUUUUCAUCUGAAGAAUUCCUGAGCAUUAACAAUGAAUCUGAUAAACAGAAAACUUGGAUCGGAAAAGCAGCGUUGUUUUCCUUGUUCUUCCUCAUAUGGCUGUGUGAAAGGUUUUUCAUGGAAGGACAUGCUGGUCUGCUGGCAGCUUUGCUCCUCCUCGUUAUUAUCUAUUUUGCUCUUCCAAAAACAAGAAUGACUGAAGCUCAAAGCAAUCAAAAUGUCACCUAAGGAGAACGUCAUCCAUCACUCUUGUUUGCUCUACUUACUAUUCAAAAUAGAGAAGAGAAAAAAAAAUGACCAACUAGUUUUCUUAUUUAUGACUAUGUGACUGGAAUAGGAUCUAAAAGUUAAACGUUUAGUAGGAUUGAUAGUGUUUGUAUGCCAAAAAUGUAACUUGUACAUAAUGUCAUCAAUGUCAUGAAUAAGCUGUGACAGAUGAUGUCUCUAUCACAAAUAAUGAAGGUAACAAUAUUUUUCUUUUCUACCCAUCAUAGAGAUGUUAAAUGUGCAAGUGAUUGGGUUUGCUUAUAAGUCUACAAUAGCCCUACUUUUCCUCUGGAGCCUAGGUGUGGCAAUAAUCUACAUUAUAACAGUAAAACCAUUAAUCAAGGGGGUUAGUGGGGGCAAAAAUAUAAUGUCCUAGGUUAACCUUCACAAAUAGCUUUAUAUAUACGCAUUCAUCAUUUUAGGACGUAGUAACACUGUAUAUCUACAGUGAGGGAAAAAAGUAUUUGAUCCCCUGCUGAUUUUGAACG